AAAUUGGCCCCGAAGUUUUCUUUCAGUUUCCGCAGUCUCUACGAUGGCGACUGUGGACUCCCUGUCGCUGUUUACCGGCCUAGGCCUGAGCGAGCACAAGGCGCGCGAGACGCUCAAGAACACCGCUUUGAGCGCUCAGCUGCGCGACGCGGCGAUCCAGGCACAGCAGACUCUGGGCUCCACUAUCGACAAGGCUACCGGGACCCUGCUAUAUGGCUUGGCAUCCCGACUCAGGGAUCCCCGGCGUCUCUCUUUCCUUGUGAGCUACAUAGCCAAUAAGAAGAUCCACACCGAGUCCCAGCUGAGCGGUGAGACCCCUGCCUGUCCUGCGACUUCACCUCCAGUUCCAGUCCUAGCUGCCCUUGAGUAUGUGAAAAGUCACCCCCUGGACCCCAUUGACACCGUGGACUUUGAGCAGGAAUGUGGCGUGGGCAUCACUGUGACUCCAGAGCAAAUUGAGGAGGCUGUGGAGGUUGCCAUAAAUCGCCACCGGCCCCAGCUCUUGGUAGAGCGUUAUCAUUUCAACAUGGGCCUGCUGAUGGGAGAGGCUCGGGCUGUGCUCAAGUGGGCAGAUGGCAAAAUGAUCAAACAUGAAGUGGAUAUGCAGGUCCUGCACCUUCUGGGUCCCAAGACAGAGGCUGAUCUGGAGAAGAAGCCCAAGGUGGCAAAGGCUCGGCUGGAAGAAGCAGCCCGGAGGACGACCAAGGAUGUGGUGGAGAAUGGUGAGGUCGCUGGCCAGACCCUGUCUCUGAUGGAACAGCUCCGAGGGGAGGCGCUGAAGUUCCACAAGCCUGGUGAGAACUACAAGACCCCAGGCUAUGUAACCACUCCACAUACCAUGGACCUACUGAAGCAGCACAUGGAGAUCACUGGGGGACAGGUACGUACCCGGUUCCCGCCAGAACCCAAUGGAAUCCUGCAUAUUGGACACGCCAAAGCCAUCAACUUCAACUUUGGCUACGCCAAGGCCAACAACGGGAUCUGUUUUCUGCGCUUUGAUGACACCAACCCUGAGAAAGAGGAAGCAAAGUUCUUCACCGCCAUCUGCGACAUGGUGGCCUGGCUGGGUUACACACCAUACAAGGUGACAUAUGCCUCUGACUAUUUCGACCAGCUGUAUGCCUGGGCGAUAGAGCUCAUCCGCAGGGGCCAGGCCUAUGUGUGCCACCAGCGAGGAGAGGAGCUCAAAGGCCACAACCCUCCACCAUCGCCCUGGAGAGACCGUCCCAUAGAGGAGUCACUGCUACUCUUCGAGGCGAUGCGCAAGGGCAAGUUCUCGGAGGGCGAGGCCACGCUGCGGAUGAAGCUAGUGAUGGAGGAUGGCAAGAUGGACCCUGUGGCCUAUCGAGUCAAGUAUACACCGCACCACCGCACAGGGGACACCUGGUGCAUCUACCCCACUUAUGACUACACGCACUGCCUCUGUGACUCCAUCGAGCACAUCACCCACUCACUCUGCACCAAGGAAUUCCAGGCCCGACGCUCCUCCUACUUCUGGCUGUGCAAUGCUCUGGACGUCUAUUGCCCUGUGCAGUGGGAGUAUGGCCGUCUCAACCUGCAUUAUGCAGUCGUCUCUAAGAGGAAGAUUCUCCAGCUCGUGGCAGCUGGCGCCGUGCGGGACUGGGAUGACCCACGGCUCUUCACGCUCACAGCCCUACGACGGCGGGGCUUCCCACCUGAGGCCAUCAACAACUUCUGUGCUCGGGUGGGGGUGACAGUGGCACAGACCACAAUGGAGCCACAUCUGCUAGAAGCCUGCGUGCGUGAGGUACUGAAUGACACAGCCCCACGGGCCAUGGCUGUGCUGGAGCCAUUACAGGUCACCAUCACCAACUUUCCUGCUGCCAAGUCUUUGGACAUCCAGGUGCCCAACUUUCCAGCUGAUGAGACCAAGGGCUUCCAUGAGGUUCCCUUUGGAUCCAUUGUCUUCAUUGAGAGGACUGACUUCAAGGAGGAACCAGAGCCUGGCUACAAGCGCCUGGCAAGGGGCCAGCCUGUGGGCCUGAGGCACACGGGCUAUGUCAUCGAGCUGCAGCGAGUCGUGAAGGGCGCUAGUGGCCGUGUGGAAAGCCUGGAGGUGACCUGCAGAAGGGCAGAUGCUGGAGAAAAGCCCAAGGCCUUUAUUCACUGGGUGUCACAGCCUCUGACGUGUGAGAUUCGCCUCUAUGAGCGGCUAUUCCACCACAAGAACCCUGAGGAUCCUGCUGAGGUGCCUGGUGGAUUCUUAAGUGACCUGAACCUGGCAUCGCUACAAGUGGUGGAGGCGGCGUUGGUGGAUUGUUCCGUGGCUCUGGCAAAGCCCUUCGACAAGUUCCAGUUUGAGCGGCUUGGCUACUUCUCCGUGGAUCCAGACAGCCACCAGGGACAGCUUGUCUUCAACCGGACGGUCACACUGAAGGAGGACCCAGGAAAGGUGUGAGCCGGAAGCCCCGUGGACUCACCUCACCCUUCUGGAGGCUAGGGGUACCCACACUCCAUGUCAAUAAAAAACAGUGAAACCCCCCUA